GCUGGAAGAAGAGGUGAUUCUCUGCAAGGGAAAUUCACCAGUUCGUAUCCAUCUCCUUCCCCAGCUGCCUCAUUGGUAGAGGUUGUAAAACGGACCCCUCCCCUCUCCCUCACCUUCCCAUAUGCCUCAUUGGUUGAGGUUGGGAUGCUGUUGACUGCAAUUCCUCCUUUCCCCCUCACCUCCCCAUAGGCCUCAUUGGUUGAAGUGUGGAUGCUUGUGCCUCGAUCUUUACUAC